GUUGGAUAAUAGUAGCCUUGGAAGUAUAUGAUUUGCUUUUAAUAAUAGCUCAGCAAAGGGGGGUAGAAAGAGGGGAAGAUGAGAUAAUGAUAGAUAUGCUGCCUCGAGGAGAUUUUUCUUGGAUAUCUCAGCUAUGCUUUCCUGAAUAUGGAAGUCUUGCUGCUUGAAUUGCCAGUCUCCAUUGUUUAAUCAUGGUUAGGCAUACCUGACCUAAGGAAAAUUCUGUGUCUGUCUGGAAUCUGUGGCUAGUUAAAAGUCUUUGUUGGGUCUGUUAAAUUACUGGUAUGCGUGUAUGUAUAGGUGCUUGGUGUAAAGAUGCACAUGUCAAAAGGGGAAAAAAAAAAAACCCUUCUGCAACAACUAGCUCCCUCCCUUCUUUCAGUUACUGCACUACUUCAAAUCCCAUAAAAGUGACAUGUUAAAAUAUAGGAAAAUGCAAUUUCAAAUCAAAUUUAAUACUGUAAUAGUAUUUAUGUUUGUGUUUAGUUCCAUUCUUAAGGACUACUUAGUUCAUUCUGUUUGGUGUUAUUCUCUAGUUUGAAUUUCGGUGAAUUCCAUUCUAAUGUUUGAUUCUUACCCAAGGCUAAUGAUAUUGAAUCAGAAUCGGUAUUUAAGUUUUUAUGUUAAUGCAUUGUUUCAGCAUAUAUAUCCAAACUGAUUUUGAGUUGACUUAUCCUCUAAGUAAUGCAGUCCAAGUGAUUGGAUAUAUGUAGAAGCAGAGUUGAAGAGGCGUCUUGGAAGAAACUUUUUAAUUUACGCAAGUUCUUGCAACAGUUACACAAAAACCUUCGCUGGGAUUGACGGAGCUGGAAAAAGAUUAGCAGAUGAAAUCAUGCAAAUAGUAAAAAGGACAGAGAGCUUAAAAAGGAUCUCCUUCUUAGCCCAUUCCCUUGGUGGAGUGUUUGCCAGAUAUGCAAUUGCGGUCCUUUAUUCACCAGCUGCCUUUGAUGGUGAUCAGUCUAAUGAUUUACCUGCUUCUACCAAUGCAAACUUGAAAACAGCAUGCUCUUCAAGACGAGGUAUGAUUGCAAAGUUGGAGCCAGUCAAUUUCAUUACCUUGGCAACUCCACAUCUUGGGGUGAGAGGGAAGAAGCAGCUUCCAUUUCUUUUGGGAGUUCCAAUAUUAGAAAAGCUUGCUCCAUCGUUCGCUCCCAUUUUUGCUGGCCGAACUGGUAGCCAGCUAUUCCUCACCGAUGGCAAACCCAACAAUCCACCUCUUCUACUAAGAAUGGCAUCUGAUUGUGAAGAUGGAAAAUUCAUAUCAGCCCUCGGUGCAUUUAGAUGCCGUAUUCUUUACGCAAAUGUCUCUUAUGACCAUCUGGUUGGUUGGCGCACAUCCUCCAUAAGAAGGGAGACACAACUUUUUAAGCCUCCUCGUCAAUCUCUGGACGGUUACAAGCAUGUUGUAGAUGUUGAGUAUUGUCCCCCAAUUUCAUCCGAAGGUCCUCAUUUUCCUCCGGAAGCAGCUAAAGCAAAGGAGGCAGCUCAGAAUGCACCGAACACAGAGAACACAAAUGAGUAUCAUGAAAUCAUGGAAGAGGAAAUGAUACGUGGAUUACAACAAUUAGGAUGGAAAAAAGUCGAUGUCAGUUUUCACUCGGCGUUGUGGCCCUUCUUUGCCCACAACAAUAUUCAUGUAAAAAAUGAGUGGUUUCAUAAUGCAGGAGCUGGAGUGGUUGCUCAUGUUGCAGAUAGCAUAAAGCAACAAGAAAUGCAACAAAAAGACUCUAAAUUGUUUAUUGUAGCUAGCUUGUAGUUCUGAAAUUGCAUGCCAAAACGGAGCUGUGUUAUUCAUCAGUGAAUGAAAUUUAAUUGGUGGAUAUUAAAAUUUUCUUUGCCUGAUGCUAGCUUAGCUAGUCAACUUUUAGGUCCCGUUUGUAGAAUGGAGGGGAUUAAUGGUUGCCUUAAUGAUACUAGCUUAGCUAGUUAGCUUUUAGGUCCCGUUGUUUUUAGAGGUAGAAUGGAGAGGACUGAUAAUGAGAGAAUUAGUAAAAUUAUGUUUGUUUUGAUGAUAGUUGUUAGUGU